UCAUCACCCAAUAAAACGGUACGGAAAUAUUCACGAUGACCGCGAUUGAUAAAAUACAAGCUUUGGAUCACAUUGAACGGGAAUUAAUACUGUGCUUGCAAAGUGCCGGAGCCGCCCUGAUGGAGCUGAGCAAGGAAAAAACGAGCCAAAAAGCAACGGAAACAAACGUGAACCAGUUCCUAAAGUCGCUGAACAGCGUCGAGACGAAACUGUCCGAACAGAUAAACUAUCUCACGCAGGUUUCCACCGGACAACCGCACGAAGGUUCCGGCUACGCAUCCGCUAAGGUACUGCAAAUGGCGUGGCACCGCAUUCAGCACGUCAAGUCACGCAUAAAGGAUCUGGAGGAGUGCAAAAUGCGCUACAUACAAGCGAAUCGAAUGCAAAGUAACCGUGUUGGACAGAAUGCCUCAUCUAGCACGGCUGGCGUUAUGCUGUAGAGUGAAAAAAGCACAAAC